GAAAAAGAAAACGAAGGAAUUAAAAGUAGAGAAAAGUGAAGGAAAAUAACCACUUCCUUUCCUUCUCUCCUAAAACUUUCCUCCAUUCCUCCCUCAUUCCAUUUCCCUUUUUUUUUCUCUCCGUUCCCUCCACCCACAGCUCCCGCCCAUCGCCCACAGAGGCCCCUGGAGUGAAGGUGGGCGUGAUGGAGAGGUGGGCGACUAAACCCACCCUCCUCCUCCUCCUCCUCUUCCUCCACCUCCUCUUCCCUCUCCUUCAUGGCCAGAAGCAAUGUGGAGAGGAAGUGUUCGUGGGACGUGGAGAGAAGAGAGUGAUAAGAUUCUGGAGCAGUGCGGAUGAGGAGGUACAAAGUGGAGGAGGAGGAGGAGGAGGAGGAGGAGGAGGAGGAGGAGGAGGAGGAGGAGGAGGAGGAGGAGGAGGAGGAGGAGGUGAAGGAGGAGGAGGGUUAAAAUCAACAGUUACACAAGAAAUUGAUAAUAAUCGUCUGAGAAUUGAUUUAGAAGCGGGUGAAUUGAAGGAAAAGGAAGAGCAGGAGGUGGAGGAGGAGCAGGUGGAGGAGGAACAGGUGGUGGUGGUGCAAGAGAACAAUUACUCCUAUGGCUCUCGUCUUCCACAUCCUUCCUCCACCUACAGUAGUGGUGAUGCUGGUGGUGGUGGUGGUGGCGGUGGUAGUGGUGAUGAUGAUGAUGGUGGUGGUGAUGGUGGUGGUAGUGUGACCUCACCACAACAGGACUCCACCACGACCACCGCAACCACCACAACCACCACGACCACCACAUCACCACAGAGAACGGACGAGGAGGAAAUCAGAACGACCCUCGGUUCUAAUAAGCCUUCUCUGAGUACGACCUCAGCAAGUACAACCGCAGUAGGUACGACCACACCAAGUACGACCAGAAGUACGACUACAUUAGGUACGACCACACCAAGUACGACUACAGUAGAUACGACUAUAUCAAGUACGACUACAGUAGGUACGACCACAGCAGGUACGACCACAGCAAGUACAACCACUCCAAGUACGACCACAGCAGAUAUGACCACUUUAAGUACGACCACAGCAAGUAUGACCACUCUAAGUACGACUACACCCAGUACGACCACGGAAGGUACGACCACGUUAAGUACGAUCACAAGUACGACCACAUCAAGUACAACCACAGAAAGUACGACCACUCAAAGUACGACCACACCAAGCACGACCUCAACCUCCAUUUCCUCACCCACCACAGACUUCUUCCCUCCUCACGACCACCGCGACUCCACACACCACCACGAAUCGAGCGACAAACCCUCCGCCACAACUCUCCGCCCUCAGGUGCCAGAGACGACCCUCCGGAGUGCCACAGGGGCGCCACAGACCACAGAGACAGAGGUUACAGAAAUUAACAUGCCCAGGGAAGAAACUACUGAAAUUCCAACAUCCUUUGAUAUUUCCGGAGGUUACACGGAGAAAUCAGAAAUGGCUACGGAAAUGCAAGACACAGCGGCAACAGAAAUGACGGUGGACUUUAACGAGGAGAUACAGAUAACCACAGAAAUGAAUAGUAUACAGAAAACGAGAGAAUCUGGGAACACGGGCACAGAAUCUAUGGAAUCAGCCACGGAGAUCACCGCUACAAGAGAGGUUGCGACAGAGACAGAAGGAGAAGUCACAACAACAGAAACAGCCACAGAAUACUUGCAGGAGGCGAUACCGACCACGCAGAGGGAGGCACAGACGCAGGAAGCCACAACAGAGACGCUAGUUGGCGGGGAAACGCAGGAUAAAGUCAAGAAUAUAGAAGAGGAAAACAUCACAAGAGACACAGGGAACAAUGAAAAUGAAUACCAAACUACGUCACCACCAGGGGAAACAAAAGACAGUGAGGGUGAAAUAACAGCGCCCCUAGGAAUGCAAGACACAGAGAACACAAUGGGCAUGACAGCAAGACCAACAGAAGGAGGAGAAAAGAAGGACGUGACAAAGACAAGGGUAGAUGGAACACAAGACACACAGGCAGUCAAUACACUAACGGGACAGGAUCAACAGGGCACGCAUGGAGGUGUCUUCAGGCCAGCUAACGGCGAGCAGCCUCCUACCACCACUGCUGCUACUGCUACCGCUCCUCACGCCACUACCAAGCAUGACACGACCCUGGGUGAUGCUUUCAGUGGUGACGUAGUGGUGACUAAAGAGACUGGUGGUGAUGGUGGUGAUGGUGGUGAUGUCUUGACUGUUUCCGCUACCACUCCUACUACUACCUCUACUACGACUACUACGACAAGGCAAAAAGUCGUGGAUACAACAAUACGACUCCAAAAGGAAGAGGAAGAAGCACCAACAGUUGUGACUCCUACUACGACUUCUACCACUACUACUACUACUACUACUACGACCACUACUACGACCACAACGCCAAGGACACGAGGGGACACAGGAAACAUCUUCGAACAUAUAAUAGACGCCCUUACCGCCGCCCUGGAGGAGGACAUGGAGGAGAAGGAGGAAGACGAGAGCGAGGAAGAAACCCAUAAGAGUGAAAUGAAGACAGAAGUGCACGAGGCUGUACCAAACGUCGUAUACUACCCGAAGAAGGAACUCACGCCGGCGGUGCAGAAGGAGACGCAGACGGAGGCGAAGACAGAGACACAGAAGGAUGAACAGAAGGAAGAAUAUAAAAUGCAGGAGGAGAGGCUCAAACUAGCAGAGGCGAAGGUGGAGGCGAUACAGAAAGAUGCACAAAGACUCAUGCAGGACAUACUGAAGGAGGCACAGACGCAGGCGCAGAGGGUGUCGCUGAGGGAGGGACAGGUGAUACUGACGAAGGCGCAGAGAAGGAUACAGGAAGUGCAGGACGCGACAAUGGCACAGACGGAGGCUAUCCUGAAGGAGUUGCAGAAGGAGAACCGCAAGACACAAAUACAGACCCAAGAGGACGUCGAAGAGGAAGUAACGACCACCUACGACUCCACAGACAACAAGAACGACCAGAACAUUACACAAGACGACGACUUCAAAGGGUACGACUACUACGAGGACCUUGUGGACUCCCUAGUGGCCCAGGAACGACCUUACCCCUACGACCCCCUCCCUGCCGACCCCACAAGUACGACCACGCCUAGCCACUUUGUAUACCCUGGUCUUGAGUUACUUUACGAACGACACGAGGACGACCUGAAGACCAAAGAAGGUGAGGUGGUGGAGGAAGAUACGACCACGAGCCUUCCUACGACCACAGAUAUCAGUCCUACGCUUUUGAGGGACGUGAACGACCUCCCGGCAGACCUCAAGGUGCCUCUGGUCGUCCUUCGCAACCAAGAGAUGAUGGACGACCUCCUGAGUGGCACAAGAGACACAGAGGUCGUAGAUACCGAAGGCCAGGUCGUCAUUAAGGAACAAGGCAGCAAGGUAGCAAUCAACACACCUUUGUACGACUCCACAACGACCACCAUCACUACGCAAAGUUACCAGGAGACCACAGACCCAUCUCUUAUCACGACCACGACGAUACAAGAAGCAGAUUACCACGACUCGAGUUCCAGGACAAGAGACGACCUGCCAGUGAGUGAGGAUACGCACUACAACAACGGCGACACGACUGAGGGUCUGUGGUCGUACCUGUUGCGCACGGACAUGCCCUGGAGCGAGACUGAUAGCACCGCCACACCCACGACCACCACCACAAGCUUACCUGACGAAGAGACCACUGUUUUCACCACAACCAUCACAAUUACCCCCACCACCACACCAGAACCAGAAUUAGCCACCAUACUUAUCCCGUUUUCCUUCGUCAAGUACCUCGGGCAAGACUCGAAGACAGAAAACGAGGGAGAGGCGGCAGGAGAAGCUGUGUUAUCUGACGGAGGCGCUGCAGGAGGAGGUGUUGGUGAUAAUGUGAAGGGUAACGGUCAGGCACAGUACAGUGAAGACCAGGUACCAGGAUAUAGCGAAGAGGAAACUGUUUAUAGCGAAAAGAAGACGGUAGAUGAAGAAACUGAUAAAAACGAAGUUGGAAACGUUAAUAAUGGGAGUGGGCUGGCAGUUUAUAACGAACAUGAUGUGAAAUAUAACGAAAAGGUAAUGGGAAGUGACAGUACAGCCGGUUUUAACGAAGAGAAAGACGCUUAUGAGGCAGAUAUAUCGUAUAACGAAGAUGAAGCUGGUUAUAACGAAAAACAGGCCGAAAGUGAAAAAGAACACGUGUUUAACGAAAAGGAAGUCACAGAAAUAGUAGAUACACAGACAUUUAAUGAAAACAAACACGGGGAAAGCGAAGACAAGAUGGCGGGCAGUGAAAACAACACAGCAGACAGUGAAGACAAUUUAGCAGGCAAAGACGAAACAAGUUACAAUGAAGACAAAACAAGUUACAGCGAAGACGACCAGUGGAAUGAAGAAAAAGCGAGUUACAAUAAGGACGAACAGUGGAAUGCAGACAAAACACCAGGUAGCGAAGACAAAACAAGUUACAGUGAAGACAACACAGCUAGCCCAGCCAGUCCCGCUAGCACACAAUUCGAGGACACAGCCUUGGCAUGGGGCAACACGGGAGGCACUGAGCUUGAAUACGAGAGCACGGACGAGACCGCUAAGAACCCUAGUGAGGCAGACACCGUUACCGGCUCCCUCAACAUGAAAUACAAAGGUGACGAGGAAUUCAACGCAAUGUUUCCGAAUUACGGCGCCGAGACCCCGGAUAUCAUCGACUUCAUUCCGGACAAGGUACAGAAUCCGAACUUAAAGGGAUCUGAACCGGAAUAUAUGGAAAAUCCGGAUUUAAGUGAAACAUUACCAGAUUAUAUGGAAGAGAACCCGAAUCUAAGCGAAGCCAUACCAAGUUACGUGGAAAAUCCGGAUCUAACUGAAUCUAUACCGGAUUGCGUUGAAAAAAGUCCGGAUUUCAGCGAAUUUGUACCGGACUAUGAGGAGAGAACUGAGAUAGAGAACCUGAGUGAACUGAAAGACGCAGUACCGGUUGGACUCAUAGCAGGAGGAGGAGGAGGAGGAGAAACGGAAGAAGAAUUGUCAACAUCAGGAGGAGUAGAAGUAGGAGAAGGAGAAGGAGGAGAAGGAGGAGGAGGAGGAGGAGGAGGAGGAGAAUUAAGUGCAUCAGUAGCAGGGAUUGAAGAGGAAGGAGUAGGAGGAGGAGGAGAUGCUAGUACUGCUGCAGAAGUAGAAGAAGGCGUACAUGCAGGAGAAGAAAGUAUUGGAGCCCCAGUAAAAGGAGUUAGAGGAGAAGGAAUACACGUAGGAGGUCACAGUAGCAAGGAGACCGCAAUCCCUGAGGCACCGUUCUUCAUUAACCUGCCAGGCACACCCAACGCCGUGCCUGUCUUCCUCACUGUGGAGCCUGUGCAAGUCAACUACGUGCCAGCCGACCAGGAGGGGGAAGAGGAGGGAGAGGAGGAGGGUGCAGUAGGAGGAGGAGGAGGAGGCGUAGCAGAACAAGUUGGCGAGGAAUAUAAGAUUGAUAAUCAGGAAAACCACACAAAAUUGGAGGUGAAAAAGUGGAUGAGGAGGAGUACGAGGUGA